AUGUCUCUCAGAAGCUCACCAAAUGAGCUUCUUAUCGAUAUCGCCGAGUACUUAGACGAAAUUCCCGACUUGUGUGCACUAUCCGCCUCUUGCCUCCGCCUCCACUACGUCGCAAAUCCAAUUCUCUAUUCUCUCGCUUCCAACAAAAGAAGAUAUAAGCACCUCCUUUGCUGGGCCAGCGAAAAUGGCCAACUUGGCGUUGUAAAAAAGCUUCUUGUGGCGGGAUUCAACCCGAAUAUCGCCGCGAUAUUCGAACCGGUUGAGCGAGUGAAAUUCGAUAAAUUGGAGGUAACGGGUAGAUACGAACUUGGUUCCGCAGACCCCUUUCGCCUGCACGUUUAUCGUCAUGAUUUCGAGAGUGGCGGCUUUGACAAAAAAAGCCCUUCUUGGGAUCCCAUUUCAGGCUUUGAGACACAGUGUAGGUUCAUGACCCGGAACCCGUUUUGGUUUCCACUUCACGCUGCCGCCAGCUCUGGAUCUGUUGAGAUUAUCAAGGUCCUUAUUAAGCACGGCGCCUACUUAAACCCACCAUCUAGGAGGCUUGUGUCGUGCGAGGAUAGUCCACGCCAUAAUGAAAAAUCGGGGUAUCGGACGGUGAGACGACUCCUAGAAGCUGAUCCGCCCGUCCCUGUUGAUGUGCAGAACGAGUACUAUGCGACCCCGAUAAUGUGGGCACUUGGUACAGCACAUAGUAUCCCAAUGAUGAAAUACUUAAUUCAACAUGGCGCUAAGCUUGAUAUACAUUCUACUACCCGCUGUAAUCCACAACCAACGGCUCUUCUUCAGGCUUGCUACAACCAUUGGCACAUGGAUGCCGCUUUCCUUAUUGACCACGGGGCCAACAUCCACCCUGUUUCGCCUGAUUGGCCUUCCGCAUUAGACCAAUGCCUCACUUCGACCAGGGGAUAUAUUGCCACAACUGAUUACGGAGCAAAACCCGUGACGCCCCCAGAAGAAUAUGAUCCGUGUACCAAUCUCGAAGAAGAUGCUACCUUGACCCGCAUGGUUGAACUCAUCAAGAAGUUAGUCGACAAAGCACAUCUGGAGCCAGUAGUAGACACCUUACUGGCACACGGGGCCCGAAUCGAUGAAGAAAGUGAUGACGGCAUGUCCCCAUUAAAAGCUGCGCUUUACUCUACGGAUGUGCCGUGGGCUGAUGACAUGUAUGACACCGUUGAUAGUCUUCUUCGGCAUGGCGCGGAUCCCAACAAAGCGAAUAAAUUUGGUCAAACACCCCUAAUGUACAUCUGUAGCUGUACUUCGCGUCAUAUGAGCGAACUGCGGCAGGUGGAUAUGUUGAUCAACUAUGGCGCAGAUAUCAACCUCAACCCUCUAAAUGAGGAUUCAUUUGCGUCACAACGCAGGGAAGAGUGCCCACUAUCACCUCUUGAAACCGCAUUCUAUAAUGCUAAGUACAAGCUUUGCCAAUAUCUCGGAGACGAGGGAGCAGUGAUUUCAAAUCACGGGCCCGGUUAUAUUGGCAUGCUCGAACAUCUUGUACGCAAACAAGAUUCCGAAAUGAUCUAUGAGUUUCAGUUAUACUGUGACGACCCACAUGAUUACGUGGAAGAUUGGGGAGAUUCUUGGUAUGGUUUUAACUGUCUACUAGACAUCGACUAUUCCGGAUACCUUACCAAGGACCCGAAGGCUCUGUGGCUGGCUACUUCAUUAUAUUACUUCCCGUUGGCUAAAAUACUUCUCGAUGCCGGCGCCUCCGACAUCACAUGGACCUCAGAGGAUGGGCAGACAUAUAAGUGAAUUUGGU